AUGGCGACGCUCACCUGGAACACGUCUUUCGUGCGCAGCUUAAAAAAUCGCGUGCAGCGCAUCAACGAAAACCUGCAGCAGUGGGCUCUAGCAGUGGAGAAGCUGGUGCGAAAAGCAUACCGGUCUGUACCUGCGCUCAUUGAAGGGAAUCUGGUGCAGACAUUUAUCGACGGCAUCCGCGAACUGGAAGUGAGAGCUGGUGUGAGGCUCAGGCACCAUGAGACGCUGAGGGCGCCUUGGCCCAUGCACUGGAGGUGGAAGCCGUGCGGCAGGAUCAUCGUUCCCAUCGCGUCAGGGAGGUUGCAGCAGAUACAGUUCGCGACCGCAACAAAGGAUACAGCCCUAGGUGCUAUGGCUGUGGGGAAAAGGGCCAUCUUCGAUCCAGCUGCCCUAAGCAAACCCUAG